GAGAUCCUACCUGGAGUGAGAAAGAUUAUCUUGGGUGCUAUGGCUUCUGAUGUCCAUGCAUCGCUUAACCUCAUGCUGAAGGAAGAUGUGAUAGCCAAGUAGAACCACCAGGCCUUGCUCCAUGAAAAAGACAGAGAGGAUCUAACUAGGAAGAUAUGACUGACAUUUAUGGAAAAAUGGGAUCUGUAUUUGAACACUUUGUUUCCCCAGUACUGUUUAAACUCUGUGGCAAUAAACCUCAAAAUAUGAAAGAUAGCAAGCCAACAGGGACCAAGUACUUAUCUGGUUAACAUGUUCCCCCAGAACCUGGUGGAAGUGGAGCUAAAGGAAAAAGGCUUACACAGAUCAGCAGCUGCUUUGCUUAUAGGACCUGCUGCUGCCUUGUGAGGAAGCCAACUGUUACCAAGCAGCUGACCAAAAGCUUGCAAGUCCUGGAUACCACUGACUUGAUCAAAUCUCACUGCUUUCCUUCCCCCUUCAAACUCUGGAACUUUGUUAUAAGCUAUCACUUACAAGAAGCAUUUGCUCACUAGAGGAUAAGUUCUUUUUUAAGCAAUUUCUAACUCGUGUAGGUCUUUGCAUAAUACAAAAUUUGAAAAAUAGGUAAGCAGGGUUGCAUUUCCACAUGGAAGCAACGAUAGGAUUGCAGAAGGAACACUCAUUAGGUACGUUAGUUUUCAUCUUUGUCUUAUGACAGACAGGCACCAGCAAGGUGUGACUCAGUCUGAGAUUCAAAAGAUGAAUAAACACUGUCUGCCAAAUGUUGGUACCAGCAAACUCCGAAAGUCAUGUGUAAACCAGACAAGUUUUAUGAUGUGUAGAGCACCAUGCUUGUCAGUUUGGAUCAAGGGCAAAAGCCACUUGCAGAAGGUACCAAAUUAUUUGUUUUGGCAGUUUUUAAGCAUAUGAAGAAUAGUUUCACUUCUGUUUGAGCAAAUGGAGCCCCAAGACAAGAGAUAAAUCAUGGAUUCAGCAUCUGUGUCUGAAAAUGGCUACCUUGAUUUGCUGCUUUGUGAUAUUGAUCCAGUGCAUCUAUUUACAUUCUCAGACCCUAAGUCAUCUGGAAAUGAAGGUGAAUUCUUCGCAGAUCCUGAAAUUGAUACCUGCAACUAUGAACAAUUCAAUAAUAUGGAUUUCCUGUGUACAGUGGAAAAUGAUGAAAGUGAGGAUGAAUUGUAUCUCUCUUCCAGUGCCAGAGAUGCUUAUGCUAGAAUAGCUGAAUUAGCAGAAUAUGUGCUCAAGGAUCAGCAUGAGAAGCAAGUGGAAGAUGCUUUUGCAGGGAACCUUAUUUUGGAUGAAAUGGCUCUUGAAAACACUGAGAAAUUCACUGACGUAAAGAAGCAGAAAUGUCACAAAAGAACCUUUUUAGGCUCUGCAGAGACUUGUUCUGAUACUUCAGAACCUAAAUACAAGAAAAUUGUGGAUGCCCCUGCAGUAUCAACAGGGAAUGGAUGUUUCCUUACGACGUCUCUCAACAGCCAUUCAUCUGACUGCACCCCACUAACUCACCAGCACAUGUCCUUUUCUGUUCCCACUAUCAAUGCACUGGGAAAUUUUGUAAUUCCUGGGUCUUCAGUACCUUUGAUUCCAGAGAGUCUGCCACUUGGCAUGAAAAACAACAGAGAGAACAUAGACUCUGUGGAUCCUGCUCAGCAGAAAAUUAAUUAUUUUCUUGGAAAUGGUCAAUCUAAUGCUAUAAAAUAUCCAGCACUGACUUCCUCCACUGAAUUAAUAGUAUCUCCAGGUUUUCAAGUUAAUUUAAAUGUGAACUUGAGCAUUUGGAUUCGUUUUCCUGCUAAAAUUAGUAAAGCUGAAUCAGCAGCUAUUGGAUAUCUUUCUCAAGUAUAUUGUCAUGUUUCAGGCUUAGAAAUGUACAAAGAAGUCCAAGUUCCAGUAAUUCUUUCUGAAGAAACUUCAAGAAGACCAAGGUCAGUGGAAGCUUUCUGUACAUCGCUUAUGGAUUACUUCCGAGACGUGUGCAAAUCUGUGUCUGUGGAGCGUGAAAUGUCUCUUGAUCACAUGUAUGUUGAUGGUACACUUAGGCAAAGCCAAAUUGAAACCAAGCCUGGGAAGAACAGUGUAAAAUCAGUGGAAAAGGAUUCGGUAACUAAUAGUCAGCAAGGGAAGGAAAAGGCAGUCCUUGAAAGAAACCAAAUAUUUCAAAUCCCAGGAGGCAAAGAGUUAGAGACUAAAGUGAUUGUGGUGCUGGGAAAAGCAGGAAUGGGCAAAAGCAUUCUUGUUCAGAAGAUCUGCCAGGACUGGUCCAAUGGAGAGUUUCCUCAGUUUGAAUUUGUCUUUUGGUUUGACUGCAAACAAAUAAGCUUGCCUGAGAAGUGGUACAGCUUGAAGGAUCUACUUCUUGACUUUUUUGUGAAACCUCAGGAAGGAAGCAAAGAGAUCUUUGAGUAUUUACUUCAGAAUUCUACUAAAGUCCUUCUGGUUUUUGAUGGUUUGGAAGGGUUGCACAGCCAUGAGAAUUUUCCUCAUUGUUCAGCCAGUCAGCCUAACAAAGACUUGUGCCGCAUGAAGGAGCUGCUUUCAGGACUCAUCCAAAAGAAGAUACUCAAUGGCUGUACUUUAUUACUUACAGCAAGAACAAAAGAAAAGGUGUGCCAGUAUGUGUCCAAAGUGGAUAAGACUAUUGAAAUAGUAGGAUUCUCCCCUCGGCAGAGAGAACUGUACAUAACCAAAUACUUUGAAGGAUUCCCCUCGUGCGACAAUGCACUGAAUUUAGUCAAAGAGUGUGAGUACCUCUUCAGUCAUUGUUACAGCCCUGUUAUGUGUAGAUUUGUUUGUUUUCUCUGUGAGGCAAUACUUGAAAUGGGAGACCAAGGCCUUCCUUCAACUCUUACUACACUCUUCCUGAAAUUUGUUCAGCAAAAAAUAAUGCCUACGCAAACAGAUGUUACAGAUGUUACACUUGCACAAAACCAAGAGAAUCUUGCUACGCUAGCCUGUAUAGCCUGGUAUCUUGGAGAAAAGCACCAAAGUGCCAUGAAAAGUGACCUUCUUCCUUCUAAGAAAGUUAAAGAGUUUGCUCUGAAAAAUGGAUUUUUCCUGCCAUUUGCAUUCCCCAAACAUUCAGGUACAGGAGAAGAGGAAUAUGGGACCAUGUUCUCCGAUUUUGUCAUUCAGAAUUUCUUGGGUGCACUUCACCUUAUAUUAGCAGAAGGCAUCAAGGACAAAAGUUUAAUAAAGUAUCUGUCUUUUCCAUCCAAAAAGAAGAAACCUUAUAACUGGUUACAUUUAGUGCCUCGAUUUUUGGCUGGAUUGUUAUUCCUCCAGGAUGACACCUACUUCUGCUCUUCAAACAAGGGUGUAAAAAAAUCAACCAAGAAACAGAAAAUGCUCCUGAAAUAUAUUAAAAGGUUGCAAAUAAACAACCUCUGUCCAGAGAGGUUACUUGAGCUUUUGCACUGUAUUUAUGAAACACAAAACAAUUAUCUCUUGCAGCAUGUGGCCUUAAGGCUCAAGCCAGACCUGUCCUUUCUGGGCACUGUUCUUACACCACCAGAUGUCCAUGUACUGUCCUCUACUUUAAAAAGGUCAAGAAAAGAGUUUUCCUUGGAUUUGCAGAACAGCAGUAUUGACACGCACGGGCUAAAAGACUUGGUUGGCCUGAAGAAUGUGACAUCAUUCAGGGCCUCCCUCAGUGAUACAAUCAAGCUAUGGAAAUAUUUAGAACAGACAAAAGACUAUGAACUGCUGAGAGUGUCAACAGAAAAAUUUGUUCUUGAUCCCUUUAAGGCAAAGACAAUGAAAGACAUCAGUGACCUUUCUGACCUCGUAGAAAUGCAGGAGAUAAUAAUCAAUUGUGUUCAAGAUGCCUCCAGUUGCAGCAGCUAUGAAAUUCCUGCCGUAAAAAACCUGAGAAAACUAGAAUUUGCUCUGGGUCCAGCGUGUGGCCUUCAGGGAUUCCUAAAACUCGUGGAAAUUCUGGCAGCAUUUCCAUCACUGCAGCAUUUAGACCUUGAUGCUCUGAGUGAAAAUGGCAUAGGAGAUGAAGGAGCAAAGAGUCUGUGUGAAGUCUUUCCAACACUGACAUCACUGGAAACAUUAAACUUGUCACAGAAUAAGAUAACAGAUGUGGGUGCAGAGAAACUAGCUACAGCUCUUCCCUCCUUGUCUUCAUUAACAACACUAAGCUUAUACAACAAUAGCAUUUGUGAUUUUGGAGCAGAAAACCUUGCAAAAGUCCUUCCUGCAAUGGCUUCUUUAAGAGUGCUAGACAUUCAGUACAACAAAAUAACUGGUGUAGGAGCCCAACAGCUGACUGACAGCCUAAGAAAAUGUCCCCAUAUUAAAAAUUUGGUGAUGUGGAAUCCUACGAUUCCAUAUGGAGUUCUUGAACACCUUCAGCAGCUGGACUCUAGGAUCAGUGUGUAGCUUCAGAUGAUCCUGUGAAGGUAACAUAAAGAAGAAGGGAAGGUCUCUUCUGUGUUUUCCUAUCUUACCACUUCGAACUAUCUUACCAUUACGAAGCAGGAAUUAAAUGCCAACUUGUGUGAUAGUGGCAACAUGAAAAAAGUCACAUUGAACCUUCUGGGUGAUGCUUGAAGUGGGUGAAUGAUGGAGUUCACAGUUUUAAGAGGUCAUUUAAAGUGCUUUUUAAAAACUCAGUUGUGUCUCCAUUGAAUUGAUGAACAGUUAAGUAACACGUUUCACAGAAGAACAACUGGAUAAUUUUCAGUAUUAAAAGUGAACAGGAGUCACCAGCUUAUUGGUAGUAGAAAAUUCUAUCGAUUCAUCGAAGCUGCUGCACCCUCAAUGUCUGAAGUCACGAGAGAUGAAAACUAAUUGUUUCGUGGUGCCAUUGAUAAACACAAUUAAGUUUGUUUUGAUUUUGGACUACCAAAGUUGAAGUUUUCACCUGUAAGUCUGGAUUAAAUGGAAAUGUCUGGAUCAGAAGCACAAGAACGACCAGACUGGAAAACAGUCUGAAAUUGUAAUGUUGUCCUUGGGAAUCUGGAAGUGGCUCUUUUCUUCAUGCUCAUUAUCAGUGCUGCCUUAAGAAAAGUACUUUUUAUCAAAGAAUUGUCUUGUUACAGAUUCCUUCAAAAAGAUUGGAGGGAGGAGAGAGAUGAAUUAAACUGAAAAACUAUCAGGGAUUUUUCUGAUAAUGUGACAGAAAUCAAAUUAUAUACAAACAGCUCCAGCCUAGUGCACAGAAAUCUUCAGAGUGACAUUGCUUAAAGGUUUUUACUCUGUCACAAAUGGAAACUUUACAAGUGUGAGGUUUUUUCUAUUUUUAAGUGAAAGAAUUUCACUAAACUGAAAACAAAACUGGAUUUCUGAAACCAAUUUUUCUUCUCAUUUAUAUAUCUGAAUUGAGAUUUAAUUGUCACCUGCAAGUGUGAGACUAAAUGCAUAAGCAUCUAUUCUAUACUUGAAAAUGAAAUCACUACUUUGUAUUCUUGAUGCUUUCUGCUUCUGCAGAGUUAAAAAGAAUUAGGCAAUGACGGGAAAUUGCGUAUUUCAAAGAAUUAACAUGGAUCUGUGCUGCUGCCCUCAGUGCUAUUUGAGCCAAAUCCUGGUCCUGCUGAAAGCAAUAGCAAAACAGUCUCCUUUUCUUGCACUUCAGCCCUCUGAACACUGGAAAAAAUAAUAAUUGUACAGAGGCAAUUGUCUGGACUAGAUCUCUGCAUGUCUAGAUACAAGGUGGCAACAGGAAAACAAAGUUGGAUGGUAGAAGCUAGCAUCCAGUAUGCUACUGAUUGAGAAGGGAGGGCUGUGUACCUCAUUUUGCUAACUUGAUCAGCAGCCUCCUUUAAGUCUCUUUUGCUAGGAAGCACUGACAACACUGAUCAAAGAUCUUUGCAAAUGAGCAUCUCUCAACUCACCUUCCAAAUAUUCUGUUACUUGGUUUGAAAACAUCCCCAAUUUAAACAGUUCAAAACCUCAAUCUUUGUUCUUUCCAGCAAUUUCUAUGUUUCCACUUACAUUUCUGCACCUGCAGAAUCUUGACAAUUUAAAGAAAGAAGGAAGGAAGGUCAUCUAAUUUAUUGUUUCUGUUCAAAAAAGUCAGGAACCAGACCUAGCACGUGGAGUAGUAGUGCAGGAGGGCAAGGUAAAAAACACUAUGGAGAAUGAGAUUUUAACUAGAAAAUUAUAUUUGCCUUCAUUAUCUGCUGCAGUCUUCAAGUUCUAGCCAGAGGUGUGGAAAAACCUCAUUUAUGUUCCCCUCUUUAAGCUGCUUGAAUGGGAAACAGCUUGAGCUAAAUUCAGUGUGACAUUCCCAUCAGCCUACAGCACUCCAGCCACGCAGAGCUACAGUGAGCACUCCUCUCGGCUUCCUUGGACCACACUUAGGAUGACAAAUGCCCCUGUAGGGAUAAAUUCUGCAACCAGGCUUCACUGUGACUGAAUCUAAGAAUAUGCUAACUAUAAUGGAGGCAGCUGAAUGUUACAGCACUCUGCACUGCUAUAAUAGUGUUGGGUAUUCUACUGUUCUCUUAGUGGGAGAUGUAGGCUUUAAUGUAGAUUGUGAUGCAGUGUUUUGGUCAUCUUUAUACAUCUUUUUUGAAAGUAUUAAUAAAAGUGAGUAUUCCUUUUUACAGUA